AGAGUCAUGCAGUAACUCAGUCUGUGUUCAUCAACAUGAACACUGUGAACAAAUUAACUUUUAGGCUGUUUUUCUAGUUGUUUCUUCUUGUUCGGUCUGUUCUUUUUACCACUAAUGAUGACUCAGGGUUUAUUGUGGGAUGGGUUAAAGUUUAAUGACUGUGAUAUAAAUGCAUCACCUAUAAGCUGCUGGCAAAACGGCCACAGCCUACAGCAGGAGCUCCAAGAAGAACCAGGACAAAUUGUUAGGUUCCCGAAGAUUCAAAAUGGCAAAGAAAAUAAUAAUAGUGGCCCUUGCAGUGCUGCUGUUAGCAUGCCUCGCCACAUUUCUGGGUGUUUUCUUUGGUCUGAGGAAAGACAGAGCGAAUGGCUCCUGGAAGGCAGCAGUAGCAGCAGAUGCAGGCCCCUGCUCAGAGGUUGGCAGGGACAUUCUGCUGAAAGGAGGAUCUGCAGUGGAUGCCUCAAUAGCGUCGCUGCUAUGUGUUGGAUUAAUGAAUGCUCACAGUAUGGGCAUAGGAGGAGGUCUUUUCCUCACCAUCUACAAUGCAAAAACUGGAAAAGUUGAGGUAAUUGAUGCACGGGAGACGGCGCCUCAAAAUGCAACGAAGGACAUGUUUCGAAACAGCACAGAAUUAUCCCAGAAAGGAGGGUUGUCCAUUGCUGUUCCCGGAGAGCUUCGGGGUUAUGAGAUGGCCCACAAACGACAUGGCAAACUGCCCUGGAAAGAUUUGUUUCAGCCAAGCAUUGAACUUGCAGAAAAAGGAUUUCCAAUGGGCAAGGCGAUGGCGAUCGCUAUUGAUAGAACCAAGGAACACAUUGUGAAUGACACAGCCCUCUGUGAAGUGUUUUGUGCAAAAAACGGCGGCGUGCUGAAAGAAAAUGACAUCAUUAAAUUCACCAGGCUGGCAGGAACAUACAGGAGAAUAGCCGAGAAAGGAGCAGAGGAGUUUUAUACAGGACAACUGUCAGAUGAGCUUGUGAAAGAUAUUCAGGAUGCAGGCGGCAUCAUCACAAAGGAAGAUUUGAGGGAUUAUAAGCCUCUCUUGGAUGAAAACCCUUUAAGGGUGAAUGUGGGGGAGUACGCCAUGGUUGUUCCCAAUGCCCCCGCUAGCGGCCCUGUGCUAUCGCUGAUAUUAAACAUCCUGAAUGGAUACAACUUCAGCGCAGACAGUAUGGCGACCAAGGAGAAAAAGAUCCUAACUUUCCAUCGCAUUGUGGAGGCCUUUCGCUUCGCUUAUGCAAAGAGAACUUUGCUUGGAGAUCCAAAGUUUCUCAACAUUGAAGAUUUGAUCAAGAACAUGACCUCCACUUCAUAUGCUGCCAUCAUGCGGGACAAGAUUUCGGAUGAUACCACACAUCCCAUGGACUAUUACGAGCCACAGUUCUGGCUUCCUGAAGACCACGGGACGUCUCACCUGUCCGUCGUUUCAGAGGAUGGGAGUGCGGUGGCUGCCACCAGCACCAUAAACCACUAUUUGGGGUCAAAAGUCAUGUCAGGAUCUACAGGAAUCAUUCUUAACAAUGAGAUGGAUGACUUCAGCUCACCAUAUAUCAUUAAUGGGUUUGGUGUUCCUCCAUCCCCAAGCAACUUCAUUAUUCCAGGGAAAAGGCCGAUGUCGUCAAUGUGUCCAACAAUCCUUCUUGACAAAAACAACAAUGUCAAAAUGGUAGUCGGAGGUUCAGGAGGAACACAAAUCACCACUUCAAUCGCUCAGGUGAUUCUCAACGUGCUCUUCUUCAACUUUGAUGUUGAUAAAGCCGUCUCAGACCCAAGGUUACACAACCAGCUAAGUCCCAACACCACUCAGGUGGAGCCUGAGUUUGAUAAAGAAAUCGUCGAUGGUUUGGCAAAGAAGAACCAUGAGACGGAGUUCCUCACGUCAUUUGGAGCCGCGGUGCAGGCGGUGGUCCGUCAUGAAAACAGGCUGUUCGCCAAGUCGGAUCCUCGUAAAGGGGGGUACGCUGUCGGGUACUGAGGCCAUAAAUCCUUCGCUGAUUAUGAUGUUCCAGUAGCUGUUUGAACUUUAACACUUUUCACACAACAUUAGAAAUCAGAGAUGAGGAACUCAAUGAACCCAAACGACCAUCGUCAACAGACUGACUCAGCGGAUUUUGCGUGUACUGAGUUAUGUUUGUUGUUUUUUACAAAACACCACUUCUGUUAAUUCUAAUCUCUUCUUUAUUUAUAGAGAAUUUAAUUUAUUAUCAACCAUUUUUUAAAAUGUAAUUUUAUAGUUUUGUUGUAAUCCAGUGUAAUUUAAAAAUAUUUGUGUUGUUCUUUCUGAUAUCACUAGCACUACUGAGCUGCUAUUGAGCUGCUUUUUGUUGAGCAGAAUAGUAAGAAAAGGAAUAACAAAGGGCUCCGACUGUAACACCUCAGGGACAAGCCGUUACAGGAGAAAAAAUAAUGGUACACAAUAAUUUCCUAACACCCAGAGUGCAGCGACCUACGGUGACCUCAUCUCAUUAUGUUUGCUGCUUCUUCUUACAAUUAUGUCUUUCAUUGCCUGAACUAGGAAGUAUUAGAAAGUGCUCCUAUCACUUUUAUUUUCUACUUAAAAUCAUAAAGCUUUACAAGGAUACUGCAGUAUUACAGUAAUACUGUAGUAAUACAGCAUAUCAUGGGCCUACUGUCAAAGAAAUAUGUGACAUUCAGGUCAAAUGUUUUCUUGUGCAUUAAAGGGAUGGCAUGUUUCCCAGAGGUUCUGGGAGGUUAUUGCGAGUGAGAGCUCCCCUAGUUGUCGUAAAAUGUCACACAGCCUUGUGUUUGUAAGGGUGAUUAAUCCUCAGAGAGAUGGAAAGCUUUAGCUGAUUUUAAAACAACUCAGUCAGAAAAUGUUUACAUCUGCGGGAUGAAACGUUAUUUUAGUGGGCAUUAUCCAUCUUAGCUGUCACUGUCAGGACUGUCUCUGUUGUCUCAGACAUAAAUUGUUGGUGGAGGCUGUCAGCGGUAUCAAUUAGCUUGAUUGUUAGCUCACCAGGAUUAGACCUGGAAGAGCACAGUUGUUGCAUUAGGGAUGAAAUGAUUAAUGGUUUUAAUUAUUGCCCAUUGUUAAUGCCAAUGGUACAAUAAUACAACUGUGAAAUUAUUUAACAACUACUACAGCUGAUAAUAAAAAUAUUGAUGUUAAUAAGUACAUUUCAGCUUCAGGUCUCACUGCCAGGGAAUUACCUUCAACAUAAUAUAAUAUAAUAUAAUAUAAUAUAAUAUAAUAUAAUAUAAUAUAAUAUAAUAUAAUAUAAUAUAAUAACACUAUUUUUAACACAUUUUUAUCCAGCAUAUCUUUUGUCUGAAGAAGUCUGUUCAAACUCCAGGUAAGAACUGAGCAAACAAAAGUUACAAAAAAUAUAUAUUUAAGUAAAUAUCUCAUGAUGACAGACAUGAUAAAAAAGAAAUACACAUAUAUCAUAACUAUAUUUAUGAAUCUCCUACAUGUUUAGAAAAACAACCUAAAGUAGGAGCUUCUUAAAGAGACAGAGGCCUAAUUUCAAUGUUUGAUAUAUACAGCAUUUUUAAAACAACUGAAGGUAACAUAUUUGAUUAUGUUAUAAGAUGGCUGUUAAGAAAACACUAUGAAAAAAUCCAUAAUACUGCACUAUGACAUAAUAUUGAAAUGAUAAAUAGUUGGGAACAGUGAAAGUAAUGACCUGUCACUAUUUGUCCAAUGCUGCUACUGUGGCAAAGUUUUUGCGGGCACUGACAUCUUUUUAUGUGAAUAUUUUUUUCUCUUGACUCCAGAGUCAAGCUCUCACAGAAUAUUUUCUUGUUGUUGUUUUUUGACUAAAAAUAUGUGUUUCUUUUAAUAGCCCGGGGUCGUUUUCUAGUUUGUAACCAUCAAGGUCGCCUCACAUGAGGAGUGAGUGCUACUCUGGUUUCUGUAGCUAAAUAUUCAGACAUGCGGAGACAUUCCCAUGAACAUUUCUCAGAGCUGAUCUGGACACGUUCCACUGGGAGGAGGAUUUGGGGCAGACCCAGGACUAGCUGGAGCUCAUAUAUCUCUUGGCUGACCCCAGAAUGAGGCCCCCAGCAAGAGAAAAAUGGCAGCGGGAGAGAGAAUGAAAGCUGCUGACUGUUCCCAACACAAAGACUUUCUUACUCUAACUUGAAAAGCGUUGGGACAAAAGUGAAGACAUGAGUGGUUUAAUCAUGAAAGGAGAAUAUUUAGGAUAUAUUGUGUAGUAAUAAAUAAACUUCUGUGAAAUCAGAUGUGUAGUUAUAAGUUGAGUAUAACGUAUUCCUAGGAUAAGUGGGUCUACUCCAUGUUGAUGCUCUACUCUUCAAGUGUUUCAGUAAGCAGAGCUUUUCUCAGAAAUCAAUUCCCCAGACGUCAUAUGAGAAAUCCCUCACCACUGAGAGGUACUACCUGAACUUUACUUGAGUAAUCCCCCCAAUAAAUAAGUGUAAUACACCUUAAAAUAAAUCAAUCUUUAAUUGCGAUUGAAAAAUGUCACCCUGAAAGAUUUGGUUCAACGAGUUUAUAAUAUUUUUCCUCCCUUGAGCUGCUGGAACACUGUAGAUGUUUUGUGUGUCUAAAUAUGGACUAUUAAACAAAUUUUGUGAAAUCUUA